AUGUCGAGUUCAUAUGCAUCACGCGAAAUAGCGGCGGGCGAGUUCGCUGCGGACAAGGAGGCGCACCUGACUGCUCUUAUUCUUCAGAAGCGCGACGCCGAGAAACGAAUUGAGUUUCUCCAGGCAGAAGUGUCGGACCUUCGCGUGAAGCUUCAGCAAGCGGCAGCGUCUCAGGCGCUAUGGGACGCGGAUAAUGCUACCCAGCCAAGUCAUUCCAAAGAACGCACCGCUGCACAGAAUGCGCGUAUGACGGAGAUUUCUACAUGGAACGAAGAGCUCAUCCGCACCGUUGAAAAGCUACAGAACGCGUUGAUUUGUCUAGAGGCAGACUCCAAAGCACAGGUCGUUACGCUCACCGACAAGGUGAACCAACUACACGAGGAAAACGAGCGUCUGCUCACCGAAAAUGAUUCACUUAAAUCUCGCGUUGGAGAUGACGUGCUGCGUCAGCGUCAGACAAACCGAAUCGAAAUGGCGUUUGAGCGGGCUCGCAUUGCGGCACGAGUUCGCGCAGCAGGGCUCCAACGGCUUGAGGCUGCUGAAGCUUCAUUGAUGGAGGCCCACGACGACAUCUAUCACGUCCAACGCUGGGAUGCUUUGUUCCUGCCGCAGCGAGACGUCUCGUUUGUUUUCCACAACGUCUCUGGCAUCCAGUUCCCUCUCAAUGGCGUUGAGGAAUUCAUUGUGAGCGUGUAUCAACAAUUUCUGUUUCACAGCUCAUCGUGCUGCCACGGCUAUCGCGUCGGCUUCUACAAGGGAAUGGAUGUGUUUGCAUUUCAGUCGCCCUCAGAUGCGCUGCUUUUCGCGAAGGAAUCACAUGAGCAGUUGGUAGGGCUUUCGUGGCCAUCUCGCGCGGAGAGCGUUCCGUACUUCGCGAGCAUCAUCGAAAGCAACACGGUGCUCUUCAAGGGCCCACGGAUUCACACCUGCAUCUAUGCCUGCUCGCCAGAGUCGUACGUGGAUCCCGUUUCCGGAAAGUACUCGUUUUUCGGUCCAGAGGUGCUCGAAGCUGCGCAGGCGGCCAUUGAGCAAGCACCGAUCGGCGAAAUCGCAGUCAACGAAAAGUGGGCUCAACUCAUCUGUAAGCAGUCAAGAAUGCGCGAAGAUAGAGAGAUACCUGCGCAAGGCGACACGGCAGACUUGCGGGAGUCGUUAGGUCCGCAGUGGGAUGUGGUGAGUCUUCCUGGAGCGCACCACAUCGUUGCUUCCCUUCUUCCCGUGCAGCUGAAGAGUCGUCGCGGCGUGCAGCCGAACGUUCUACACCCUAGUCGCAAGUAUCCGUCUCUCGAAUUGAAAGACAGCAUAGAGGACGCCCGCAUGAUCGUGAAGGCCAUGAAAGGUGCGCUGUCCCAAACCGUCGAACGACCGGAGGACGCUGGCAAAGGGAUCAACGGAGGCGGUCUCAUCAUGCAGCAGAUGCGGCGCCGUGCCAGUGUCCUGCAGAAAGCAGUGCUGAAAUCACCUGAGCAGAUGGUGGGUACUGAAAAGAAGGUCGAAUUCUCGGAGAGCGCUGCACAACUGCUUGAGCUGUUCUCGUUACAGCAGGAGAAGCAGAACGUGAUCAUGCUGUACAGAAGAACAGAAAAGGCUUUUGCGGCUCUGGAGCGUGACAUGAUGGAGUCGGAAGACCGGUUCGAGAUCAGCAAGCACAAGACGCUCGAUGCGUCGGAGACUGCGUAUGUCUGCACGAUUGAUACUGGCGAUGACGAUAUUUGGAAGCGCAUCUUGCUAAAGAGCAUCUCCGAUGAACAGUUUGAGUCGAUUCGGAGCACCAUCCGCGCACACAUCCACACCGCAGCCAAGGUCCACUUCGGCUUUCUAAUGAACGGCAACUACUCCGACGUGUUUACGUAUGUCUUUCGUGAAGCGGAACAAGCACUCGCCUUUGUUGCAGAAAUUUACAUCAAAGUCAACCGCACUGGUACGAAGUACGCGCACACAUCGCUUGGCAAAGGGCGUGAUAUAUUCCUCUUCCGCGCCGGCGUCGCGUGCGGCCCCAUGAGCACCAUCUACCGCAAUCUCGAGAACGGCGUACUCAAGUGCACCGGCCCAGCAAUUCGUCUUUCCGGUACCCUGUGCGACCUGGCCGAAAGCGGAGAGAUUUUGGCGAUGGAGGACGUUAUUCGCACCUUCUACUCCAAGAACGAGAACCUGUUAGACUCGCAGUACAACAUUGUCAAGCAAGGCGCCCAGUUCGUUGGAUCCUCGGACGCGCCGGCUGUGGUGCACUCGAUCUUGCCAAAGCCGUUUGCCUACCGGCGCCCACAGCUGCGCAUCUCCGGGCGCGGCCCGAUGCAGCGCGAGAAGAUCCACCUGCCGUACCGGUCCGCCCUCGCAGCGCUCAUGUUGCACCAAGACGAGCUGCCGCGCCAGAGCGUGCUCGACAUGAUGCAGCAGCAGCAGCAGCGGCUCGAGCACGCGGAGGCUGCGCGGAUGAACGCAGAGGACGAAUAUGACCAGCACUGCGAAGUGGGCAGUGGCAACGCCGCACCCCUGCGGAAUCCAUGGCUACUGCUCUGUCAGCCGCAAGCCGAGGAGCAAACCGGCAACGCCUCCGCUACGCGCCGCACCCUCGUGCGAUUCAAGACCACCGAGGAGCUCGAAGCGGAUCUCAUGCACGCAACGCGUCCCACUGCCACUCUGGCCUUCUUGUACAUCGAUGUGGCCAAUCUCAACACCAUCACCCGCUCCGUGAAGCCGGCGCUGCUGAAGCGUGUAUGGGAGCACUACAACUACAUUGUUCAGAGCUGCCUCCGCUCCUACUACGGUUAUGUCGCCAAGACGAACUCUGUCACGGCAUACCUCGUGGUUUUUGAAGACGCCGGAAUUGCCCUGGAGGCGGCGCGACAGAUACAGCUGGAACUCGUGCAAACGUUCUGGCCCGCGGAACUGAAGCCCAAUGAGGCCACUCUGCAGGUGAAGGACCCCAAGACGAACACGGUUCUCUUCAACGGCCCGCGUGCGCAGAUGGCGGUCCAUGUCUCAAACCAGUACACAUGGCGGCCACUUCUCUCCUCCGGCGGCAGCAACAAGAGCGACUCCUGCGCCGGUGCGUCUGACAGCUCCACCACUAACUUCGUGGGGUCGGACCUCUCCGCGGUGCACAUCAGUGGCGUUGGUGUCGACGAGGCUUUCAUUCUCGGUCGUCACGCACACGGAGGGGAGAUUCGACUCAGUCGCCCGCUGCUGGAGGCGGUGGGCAAGCACCCAAGCGGGAAGCUGCUUUUGGAGCAGCUGUCGAUGGAGGUUGUGGUGGCGCCGAGUGUAAUCCGACCGGCCGAAGAUGCCGCCGCGACACGCGUGAGCUCCGCGGAAGGGGCGACGACGGAGAAAGCGGACAAGUCAAAAGUGGUGCAGACAAACAUGUUCUCCGAAGAGUGUGUCGCCUCUGUUCCGCGGCGGUUGCAUGGACGAUUAGCACUCAUGCUGCCGCCGGGAACGUCCGAAGGAUCUGCAAGCGUCUUCAAGCCCGCAGAGGAGGUGUCCCCUCCAGCGAACAGCGGGAAUAUAGCCGGCAAUCGAGGAGGCAGCAACGCGAUCACGCGUACGUCGAGUUUGGCGCCGAAUACGAAAGGCAGGACAAAGUCUGGCCAAGCCGCCGUUGACGUUCCGGAGGAGCAGGUCAUCCAGUCUAUCGCAACGGGUGGCACAAGUUCCGCGGUGGGGAAGGCAUCGUCCGCGUUGUCGAAGGCGACCCCGCUGAUUUCCACAGUUUCUCCCCAGAACAGCUGGAUCAAAGACCCUCGAGAGUCCUCGAACCCGCUGCCUACGGCGUCGGCAACGAACUGGUGCUCCGACGAAGAGCAGGCGUCUGCGUGCUUGAUUGCCGCGAGCGUGUACAACGAAGCCAAGCAGUUUCAAAAAGUCAUGCAAUCCGUCUUGAAACUCUUUCCGUCGAUGCGGCGACGCUCGCUGUCGCUCUCCUUGGACCGUGUCUCGGAGGGUUCGGUGAGCGAGCUCCCCACGUUGGCGAGUAUCACCACCCCGCUAGCGUUGGUCUCCGAGGGCGACGGCGGCGACGGCGACGAGUCGUGUGGGACACGAGCAGACGGCAGGUUUCCCAAACCAUUUCCUGAUCUUCGCACUGGCACGCAGCACCGCCGCUCCUCCAAAGAAGAGUCUGCAGGGUUAGCUGCUUCGAAACUCGGCGCUAGCGGAAAACGCAGCACGGCUGGCACCGCAGCGGCGCGUCGCACUGGCGCGUCAAAUUCGGCCAUCGGUCAAUACACUCGUUUUCUGGAUUUCUCGCGGUACAUCAUUUCCAUGCUCGUGAAUGCGUUGGAGAUCGGCACAGACCAGCGGACCCCACCGCAACUGCCACUGCCGGCGUCGGGCGCAGGCGACGAGGCCACCGGUAGCAGAUCCUGGGCAUCGCAAGGGGCGGGGAGCAACGGUUCGUCCAAAGAUGGCCGUGGUGGUAGCACUCUCCCCAGCGGACGCUCCAAGAACGCCCAGAACAGUGGGCUUCCUCUCCCGCCGGUGCCGAACGCGCCGGGACGGCUGGGAGGCAAAGCGGUAGGGAUUGCUCCGUCCUCUGCUGGAAGCAAUCAACAAUCUGUGAACAGUAAAGCAGCCGACGCUUCAACGAAAGGGUUCACAGUGAACCGCGAGAAGCCGUUUCAAAGUGCGCUGGACUACAUCGAUGACGCGUGUCGCUCGCUGAUCCAGCCGUCUGGCCCGGAUGUAAGCCGACUGGCGGCGAUCCCUGCCGCACCACCGUCGAAGCCGAAGCCGUUCUCCGCAAGACCCAACACUCGGCGUCAUUAA